CUACAAGUGAACCACCAUCAACAUUAAUCAAGCAGUCAAGGGCAACUCAACUCAAAAACACAGCUCCUAACCAUCACACCCACCUCCAAGUCUUUUCCGCUUUUGUAACAUCACUCAAGUCAUACUGGCCAACAUGGCUGAAUCCUCAAUAAGCGUCGCUGUUCGAGUUCGACCUUUUAGUGGAAAAGAAAAAGCACAAUUAGCACCAACAGAUACAUACCAACCAUUCCUGGGAGAUGGAGGACUAAGUGGUGGAUCACCAUCAAAAAGCGCAGGAAACACCUCAAUCACAAACGGAAAUGGUACAGGGCCUAGUCUACGAACAAAGUAUCUCCGAAACAUCGUCCAGGCUGUUGACGAUAAAGUUUUGAUCUUUGAUGCACCUGAAAACAAUCCUCUCUAUAAAAACUCACAUGCCGGGUCGGGAACACAGAAUACUUUUGCACAUGGCAUGCGAAAGCCAAGAGAUAUACGUUACGCAUUCGACCGUGUUUUCGAUAGCUCAUGCGGUCAAGAAAAAGUAUUUGAAAACACAACAAAACCCUUAUUGGAUGGAAUUCUGAACGGUUUCAAUGCAAGUGUAUUCGCAUACGGUGCUACAGGCUGUGGUAAAACGCAUACAAUCAGUGGAACACCGGAAGAUCCAGGUGUGAUCUUUUUGACAAUGCGGGAGCUAUACCAACGCAUCGAAGAGAAUCGAGAGGAAUCUGACGUUCAAAUCCGUCUAUCUUAUUUGGAAAUUUACAACGAACAAAUUCGUGACCUUUUGAGUCCUACGCCAACGCCGCCUGGACAAGGUCUAAUGUUACGUGAAGAUGCAACGAAUAGGAUCAGCGUUGUUGGCAUUACUGAACAUGUUCCUGAAUCACCUGAACGUGUGCUCGAUAUGAUUCAAGAAGGCAAUCAACGCCGUACAAUGAGCCCAACAGAAGCGAAUGCAGUCAGUUCAAGAAGUCAUGCCGUUUUGCAAAUCAACGUUACCCAAAGACCACGUACAGCAGAUACCGUGAUGGAAUUCACGAGUGCAUCUUUGAACAUUAUCGAUUUGGCUGGUUCAGAGCGUGCGGCUGCAACACGCAAUAACGGUGCUCGAAUGAAAGAAGGUGCUAACAUUAACAAGAGUUUAUUGGCUUUGGGUAAUUGCAUUAAUGCUCUGUGUCAAUCAGGCGGUCAGAAAGGACGUCAUAUUCCUUAUCGUAAUAGUAAGCUGACACGGUUGCUCAAAUUUUCAUUGGGAGGCAAUUGCAAAACGGUAAUGAUCGUUUGCGUCAGUCCCUCAAGUGCACAUUACGAUGAGACAUACAAUACACUCAAAUAUGCGAAUCAAGCAAAGAAUAUUCGUACAAAGGUUUCACGCAAUAUGCUCAACGUUGACCGUCAUGUCGCACAAUAUGUGCAAGCCAUUCACGAGCUCAAGGAAGAAGUUGCUCAACUUAAAGCAAAGCUUGCCGAUCGAGCUACCGUCGAAUCGGCUGGUGAGAAGCGUCGAAGAGUCGAAAUGGCUGAAGAGGUGGAAGAAGUCAGGAAGAAGAUGCGUACAAGUACUGAAUCUGUCAAAGCAGUAGUAUCACAAAAAGCCGUCCAUGAAGCUAUGUUGAUGGCUGCCAACGUACGUAUUGUGCCUCUGAGACAACGUCUGCAACAAUUGGAAGAAGAGAAUCCGGCAACAGGUACAGAUUCAGCAGACGUAGAAAGCGAGAAGCAAGUCUUACGCAAGAUGAUUGCUCGUCAAGAAGCAAUCUUAGCUGAUCGAACCAUGCAAUCGGACGUGCAAAAUCUUGCAAACAGCUUACAAAUGCAUCGUGGUGCCCUACUGGUGGCUUCCAAUAACGUCAAAUUCGAUGAACAUGCUACUGCUUCUGUUCGUAUCGUCGGUGAAAGUAUGAUGACUGAAUUGGAAGCACAUAAGAGCAACAUUAUGGCAGAUACGAUGUCCAAACAGUUGGGUGCAGGAAUGGGUAUCUUGGCCGACUUUGUUUAUUUAGGAGCACGCUGCACGGUGGCACUUAAAGAGACGGCGAAUGAACUUGAGAAAGUGAGUGAACCGAAAGGAGAUUCUUCAAGCCAGUUGAUCGAACAAUUACGUGCAACAUCUCAAAUCAACGAUGAAACAUUCACACGUCAUAUUGGUAUUCAUACUGCAGCUGCUGCCCAAUCUCCAACAGCAUUGCGUCGUUCGACAAAUUUAAGAAGAACCAGAAGUUCGAUUGCUGGCCAUGCAAGUGGACCGAUCACUGCCAAUAUUACGGGACCUGCUGCAAGAUUGAUCGCUCAAAAGCGUGCUUCGAUGGUACCUCCAUCAAGUGCAGCCAGCGCAAUGGCUUUAUCUGGCAACAAUGCAACGGGACCAUUGAACAACAAAACUGCCCGUCGACCAUCGGUACGUCGUGUUAGCGCGGUCGGAAUGAGAAGAACAAGUCAACCUUCUGGAAGAAGGGUGAGUCAAAAUUCAGUCGAAACGGCCAAAUUGUCUGCCUCUGUCUCAGCAGCAGGUCCACCAGUCUCGGUUGCAGAGCAACCCAAGAAAACGUUCCGUUGGGCUGAUGAAGCUGGCAUUGGCUCAAUUGACGAUAAGAAAAAUGACAAUGAACGACUUGCUCAGGGACCCAGUCGUGCCAUUCGCACAUCAUUAUCGACAGCCACCAAUGGUCAUUCUCAACCUGCUGCUGCUCUAAAUGCGCCUGGUCUAGCAUCAAUCAGAAGGGAAAUGACAAAUGAAGCAUCACCAAACAAAGACUUGGCAAGCUCAAGUGCCGAAUGGGAAGAUAUGAGCAAGGAUGCCUUUGAAGUUGCGCCUGUUCGUAAGCCUUUGGGAUCUUCUAAGCUGGCGAAUGAAAGUGUUGCAUCGAAAGCGUCGUCUACAAACCCAAAGAAGCGAGAUGGGAUGUUCGACCGUAGCUUCCUACGUAAAAAAGAAAGCGGACAAGAGGAUGCAAAUGUUGCAGGAAAUUCGUCUUGCUCGGACGCUAUGGAUACAGAUGAAAGUACGGACGAUCUUUUGAAAAUGAUUGGAAAGAUUGAUCGAAAUGGUGGUGAAAUUGCGGCUGCAGUUACUUCAUCAGCUCCUCUCAGUAAUUCUGUCAGAAGCAGUCCUUAUCGUCGCAGAGAGAGUAGUACAAGCAGCAGUAAUGUCACACCUGGUUCAGGGAUCGGACCCAUCCGUACCCGACCUUCACGAAGCAGUGCUGCCCAUGAAGCAUGAUGCUAAGGGCUACAGUAGCCGAUUUUACGAUUCUUAUUGAACUAUAUUUGUAUAUUUUUAUGAUCGUCUGCACGAUUUCCCAG